GUUGUCGCCCUUACAUUUGGAGAAAGAAAAACAAUCAACAUUGUCAAAUAUUUGCCAAAUAAAUGCAAUUAUCAUUGAAAAGUCGAGCUUGCUGAUAAAAAUAGUAGUAGAAAAAGUAUUAAUAGAUGCAGAUACAUUAAUAGAAAGGUUGACUAUUUCCCGUAAGUCAACGGAUUGCCAGAAAAACGGUAGCCACGUCAUGCUCGUUUUUAGUGUAUGCGGCAAGUCCAGCAACUGAUAUGGUGGAUUAAAAAAGUAAAGUGGCGAGUGACAGAUUUGUUAUCGGAGGUAUUCCUACUUAUCGCCAUGAAGUCGGGAAAGUCGUCUUCGGGCGACUUUACUGGGGUCGACAUGUUGAUGGACAACACAAAACUCCUUCCCGCGACAAAAUCGAUCAUCAUCAACCGGAGCGAUGACAUCACAGAUAAAGGCUUGAUGAACCCGAGGGCGAUGACAUUUCUCGUAUUGUGGUAUUUCUUCAGUUUCUGUACACUCUUCCUGAACAAGUAUAUACUCACCACUCUCCGUGGCGAUCCAACAAUGCUGGGUGCGAUGCAAAUGGUUAUGACGACGACACUUGGGUUUCUACAGAUGUAUUUACCUCUAGGAUUUUAUAAGGCGGUUAAUAGAGAGGGAAAACCUCCAAACUUCUGGAGAAAUAUGAUAGUAGUAGGGUCCAUGAGCAAACUUUCAAUUUUCAUUGUUAUAUCUUGUCAUUUUCUAAACCAUGAAUAUUUGAUGUGUAACCUACCUAUUGUAAUGUUAUUUUCAUUUUCUAUUCACAGCUUACAGAAUGUAUAUUCUAAAAUGCUCAUAAGCGGAGAAAAAUACAGAUAUACACCGGCAGAGUUGCAGUUUUUCACAAGCAUUUCAUCAGUCAUAGUUCAAAUUCCAGCCUGUUUCUUUAUGAUAGACUUUCCAUACGCUAAACAAACAUUAGAUAUGACAAUGCUCACUGCGUUAAUAUUAAAUGGAGUGUUCUUUCAUUUUCAAAGUAUAUCAGCAUAUGUUUUAAUGGGAUAUAUAUCACCUGUUACACAUAGUGUGGCAAACACAGUGAAGAGAGCUUUUCUUAUCUGGUUAUCUGUGAUAGUGUUUGGAAAUCCAGUGACAUUCCUUAGUGGGUUAGGAACAAUUACAGUAACUAUUGGUGUGUUGUGUUAUACUAAAGCCAAGGAGUAUGAUGGCGCCCGGCUUGCCUUAAAACUUGCAAACGAUUCCGAAAUUCAGGUGAAAAGUAAAUCGAACAAUGCAAGAAUAGGAAAUGGGAAAGUUCCAGUUUGAUUAAAGCUUUACAUAGGUUUUUUUAAUGAAAUAGUGUGAACAUGUGUAAAUUUAUAUGUAUAUUUUGCAUUUUUAAAAAAAAAGUAAAUUAUUAUCUUUUUUUAGUGGUUGUUAUCUUAAUUGAAUGAUAAUUUUUUUAUGAAAUGAUAAUUAUCAUGUGGGUUUAGUAGUUGGUCACUUGCGGAAAAAUUGGUAUCUACAGGUUAGUUGUCACGGAAACCCGUAAAUAUGGAUGGAGCACCAAGAUUUCACAAAAUAAUAUGUUAAAAUCGGCAUAGAAAAACAAACAGUUGUCUCUUUAA